AUGUCUCGGAACACUCAGAAGUCGACACCUGGAAGUCAGGAAUGCACCGCAAAAAAACAGCAAAAAGCUGCUGCAAGUGUGAAGAAAACACCGAUGGAUCAAAGAUCACUGGAAGAGGUUCCGAAAGUGAAGGUUGAAUUACAACAGUCGGCCGAAGUUCAGCAGACUAAUGGAAAGAAGGGUUCCAAAAAAGCUUUAGUAUUUUCCAAAAAUGAUUCUUGGAAGGUGGGAAUGGAAGAUGUAUUGGAUUUGAUUGCUUGUUAG